AACAACAACAACUGAACAAACGUGAGACGUGAGAUCUGUUUUAGAAUACGAAACCGAGAAAGUAAACACACACACUUGGUUAAAGCUUCUGUUUUCUGUGUCUCUGUAUUAACAGAUCGGUUACUGACAGUUUAAAGAAACGGUUGCUGUGCUCGGAGAUUUUAAAACAUGGCUGCACAUUUUUACGCAUUUUCACGUAAUCACUUUUAAGACUUUACAUUCUACUUCAAUUCCAUUUGUCUUUACAGACAUUACACGAUAUUAAAUGUAACAUUAAAUGGAUAAAAGUAAAAUAAAAAUAAUAAUAAUAAAAAUAAAAAAAAAAGCAUUUUUAUCCUUCAAUGCAUUAAAACAUCAAUUGUGGUAAAUUGUGGUAUAAGAUGAAUCAAUCACUUCCGGACAUGCUGUUAUAGGAAAAUGAUCAACAGGAACACAAACACCAUCACACCACCCUGUCAGUGAUUAUUUUUUCUGCAACAGCACGAGACAGAGUGUUUACACACACACACACACACACACACACACACACACACAGAGGGGCUUCUUACAGGAAUUUGAAAUUUGCUUUCCUGUAAAUGCAUGACUUAACAGAUGUCCUGACAGAGCGAAAGUGAAAGUGAAUUUAUCAGUCUUUCUGUCUCUCUGCACCUAAACUGAUCCUCGACAGAUCACACGACAAACCUGGGCUUUCAUUUGACUUCAAAAUGCUUCCCGUACGCAGUGUCUACCCUCUGGUUUUAGGGAAAACCAUGAACUCCGAUAAGCACUUUAUGGAUCGUCUCAGAUCCGAAGUGAAGCUACAUGAAGUGGACUCGCAGAAUGACUGUGAUGUCCUCAUUACUUUCGUCCCGAUUGUGUCUCGAGCUGGAACGGACAUUCAAGCUGCUCUUGAAAGAAUUCCCACAGAACAUUCAUACAAGCGCGUCGUUCUGGUGUCUCUCCAUCACACAUAUGAUCCUAAUUACAUCGCACCAGACAGCAGACACUCUGUUCACAGGAAUGACGUGUUUGCUGUGGACUGUCUCUAUCAUGAAGACAUGGGACUGCUGAACUCCCGAACCAAUGAUGAGGCACUGAAAAGAGUAAUAAAGCAUCUAGGAGGAGAAACACCAUAUAAGGCUGCGGACAAGACCGAACUGAUUCAUUGGUUAUGCGCCGUGCUGAGCAUCUUUCUUUUUUACUUUGUUCUGCCAGAAGGGUACAGCUUCUUCAACUUCUUAAUUUUGGAGAUAUUGCUGCUGAUUAUCAUAUCUGUGUCCCUGAGAUACUGCAACAAGUAUCUCAAAAAUAGCAAAUACCACCUUGGGAAGUGGACUCCUUGGAUUUUUACUGGUAUGAACGUUGUCCUCAUGCUUGUCACAUAGUCCCUCCGAGGAGUCUGUGCAUGAGUUGAAUGAUGCCACUGAACACAGUCAAAACAUGUGAUACGGAUAAUAUUGCUUUGCCUGAUAUCGUGGUAUGUGGUUUAGAAAACUUGUUAAUAUUAAAUAAACACUUCUCUGUUCAAUAAUAAACUAUAGGCAUGGGGGACAAA